AGAGGAGGGCGUUAGGAAUUAGGAGGGAGCGGGAGGGGUAUAAACGCAUGCCAGGAAAGCGCGCCACCGAGAAAGCGGCAAUAUUUUGAAUCGGGAACGCGGGCCCUGCUUCUUCUCCUUCCUUCCUUAAGAGCGGCUGUUUGAUUCUUCUAAUUUGGGCUAUUUGACUCUCUUCGGUUAAAUCAAAUCUCAUCUGCCUUCUCCUCAUUUGCAAGAAUCUUGCAAAUUUGGGGUUUCUGUGUUUUUACUUUGCAUCGAUUAGGAUUUGAAUCGGACGACUUGAGAUUUUUUUUCCAUUCGAGGGAUUGGGGUUUCUGUUGCAAAAGUUUUAGAAGAUAGAUUGGUCGAUAAGAUUAGCGUCCUACCUGCCUGUGUGCGAUAAUGCGCGAAGAUAACAUUGGUGAUGAGUUACACCACAAUCGUCCGGCUCUUGGAAACCUAACCAAUCGUCCGUUUAAGAGAAAAAUCUCGUCAAUUUUAAGUGAUUCAGGGGUUAAAUCUAGAGAUGGUUACGGCAAAAAUGUGGACGGGAAAUACGGAGAACCCAAAUUCCCGAAGCAUGUGCGUUUACAAGCUGCCAAAUAUGUCAAGGAGAACUGUAAACGUUCGUGUGGAAAAUUCUGUUAUACAAUGGCUCUUUCUAGGUUUAGUAAGGAGCAGGAAUCUGAAUGCUGUCCUGCUUCCAGCGAAGUUGAAGCUGCUUUGUCUGAUGUACCUAUGGAAAUUGUGCAGUGUGAUUUGUUGAACGAUGGAGUACAUCCUGUGCAAGAUGAUAAAGAAAGAAUUACUGACGGUGAAACACUGGAAGUUCCUUGCUUGCCCAUUUCUGCAGUUCCUCCUUGCUUACCCAUUUCUGCAGUUCCUCCUUGCUUACCCAUUUCUGUAGUUCCUCCUUGCUUCCCCAUCUCUGUAGUCCCUACUUACCCUGAGGAUGACAAGAAAAAUUGCCCUGGAAUCAUGCAAAACAGUGCUGACAAUGAAGAAGCAGUUGAUCAUGUUUCAAGGAAUGGCAAAAAGGAUAUUGAAUUUGGUAAAAUUGGCUCAAGCGACCAUGAUUGCACGGAGUUGUUGAGAUUACCUAUGUCAGGGGAUCCCAAGUCUCUGGCACUGGAAAGGUGCUCCGGACUUAAGAAUGAUGGUUGUGCUAAUUUAGACAUUGACGACUUGUUUGAAACAUGUUCUUGUUCAUUCUGCAUGAAAGCAUCAUACAUUUGGUCAGACCUUCAUUACCAGGACAUUAAGGGACGGAUUUCAGCACUUAAGAAAAGCCAGAAAGAUGCAAGCAUCUUGGCUCAGAAAUGCAGCAAAGAGAAAGAGACUUAUCAUGAUCAAGGAAAUGCUUCCAAAUCAAAGCUAGAAUUUGAUCUUUGGGGUCAGUGGAUGUCACUAUUCCGUCAUAUGGAAGAUACGUUUUCUCAAGAAGGCAGCCAACUUCAAACCAGUUUUGUUACCCUAAAAGAUCUGAGGGAGGAAUGCAAGAUGAAUCUGGAGAUGCUUAAUGGCAUGCCUAUGGAGAAGCACUAGGGUGCUGUUUUCUUUUUUUGCCUGACAUUCUGGCGGUUGUGGGCCGUGUGGUUAGUCACUAAUGCUGUCCAUAUUUGUGCUUUUGAACUUCUCGCUAUGGAUAGGGUAGCUGUAUUAGAAAAUUUGGAAUGCAUGUAAAAUAAUCCAAUUCUGUUGCUGAAUAACCCUAUCUUCAUCUUUGCUUCUCGGCUUUCAUGUAUAUUUUUAGCUA